AUGGCCAAGGACGCCUUCGUUGCAGUGGGUGCAGGAUUAUCACCUUCCGAUUGGAAGGAAAAGAAGGAUACCAGCAAAAGGGACAAAUUUCGCGAAAAGGUUCGAGGCGACGCGGUCGCAACCCAUCACUCCGACGCCUUCUGUCUCAAGUUUCUGCGCCGUCUGGAUCGCGGAGUACCGUACGGAAGGAAGUACGAAGCUACGUUGGAUCAUUUCGUAAAUAGAGCCAGUCUACUGGUCCCUGGCAAGCAGAGUCAGUCGCGGUGGGAUAUGUCGUUUUUCGGCGAAUAGACUUUUGCUGGGUUCAGUUGACAGCGGGAACGUAUUUGCAAAUUCUUUAGAUCAACUAGCGCUAGUUCUAAUCCAGAUUUUGAC